AUGGUCGGCUUCUUGUUGCUGCACGGCCUCCGCCUCAGCAACCCCCACGUCCGCCGCGUCCUCGGCUCCAUCUCCGCCACCGCUGCCACGUCGUUCUUCCUCAAGACGACGACCUCCAUUAAAAAUGGAGGCGCGACCGCCGUGAGCUUCAAGGACAUGAGGGACACGCUCCUCAAUUUCUCUGGCCUACUGCCAUUCCCAUCGUCCGACAUGGUGGCGCUGCUGCUCGAUCGGGAAUCCACCGACUACAAGAUCUUUCAAGAAUAUUUUCACAAUGUAUUAAAUUUAGACGGAAUAAUUGUGGACACAUUCGAGAGUUUGGAGGUGAUGUCGUGGGCCCCACAGGUGGCGGUGAGGGCGAGCGUGCCGAUGUUGUUGUGGCCGCUGUACACGGAGCAUAAGCUGAAUCGGGCGGUGUUGGUGGAGGAGGUCCCGUUGAGAAUGGAGAUGGCGGAGGAUGGGUUAAUUUUUGGCGGCGGAGGAGGUGGACCGGCGGUUGAGGGAGCUGAUGGGGGAGGCGGAGGAGGUGAAGAAGGUGGUGGAGCAGAGCUUGGAGGCGGCGGUAGCCAUGGCAGAAGGAGGUUCACCAAGCCAGCCGACGUUGGGGGAGGCGGCGGUGACGUUAGCGAAGGUGAACCCGAGGGUGCCUCCGGCGAGCGGCAGCUCACCAAGCCGGCCGAGGAAGGCGGUGGUGAUGGUGAUCUCGCGGAGCCCAUCGCAUGUUGA